AUGCCUCCCCGCAUCUACAUUUUCGGGCAGGAGGUCUAUACUAAAGAAAUCAAUUUAGCAUGUUUGGGCCACAGAUCCGGAAAAGUAUAUGCAACAGCAUCUCCAGAUCGAAUUUUAUAUCUUUGGUCUGUUUAUGAGAAAAAUCCUAUUCAACAGUAUGGUCCUUUUAACUCAAACAUAACAGCACUGACAUUUAAUUUCCAAGAAGAUCAAAUUGCACUCGGAACUCAAGAAGGAUAUGUUACAAUUUUAGACUUAGAAGAAUCUAAAACAAUAAUGAGCUGGUCACCGGAUGAUUCAAGGAUUACAGCAAUCGCAAUACAUCCUACUUCAUCAAAUUACGUUGCUGUUGGAGAUAUCAAUGGCAAAAUUAAAAUAUUUUCAACAGAAUAUCAGAUGCCAAUCCAACAAUACUUUAUUACUAAAGCACAAAUAAAUACUAUAAAGUUUUGCCCACAAGGACGCAUAUUAGCAGUCGCUGGAAUGGAUUCUCAAAUCCAUUUCUUUGACAUCCUCAGCGGAGUCAAAAUUGGCGUUUUUGUAGACAAUGUUGCUCCUAUUACAUGCAUUGAUUUCCAUCCAGAGGAGCAAAUUUUAAUUUCUUGCGCUCAAGAUCGAAGUAUUCACGUAUACAACUUAUAUUCAGACGAAAUCUUUACAUCCUACCUUGUAGGACAUUCUACACCUACUACCAUUAAAUUUUCCCUCAAUGGAAGUACUUUUGCAGCGUUUUCUGAAGCUGCAAUUUCAAUUUUUUCUACAGCUUCUAUUACAACAGUUGAUCACUUCAUGACUCCAAAUGAUGGAUUGAUUGACGCCAAUUUAUUUGAUGAAUGCGUUGAAACUAUUUGUGGCGGAAAAUUAUAUCCUUCAAUUUCGAUUUUUGACUCGAAAACAUUCCGUGUUAUCGAAUCAGAACUCACCGAAGAGAAGAAAACCAAGAAAAGGAAGAAAAAGAAGAAACUCGAUCCGUAUAUUUACGACCAAGGCAAUCCUAAGAAGGUCAAAGAGAUCUACAAACAAUUUAGAUCGUCUAGAGCUGAGUUUUUAGCUACAAUUUCCAGGAAACAGAAUGCUCACGCGAGAAUGUGCGAAAUGAUCAGAUCAAAAGGGGUAAAAGGCAUGGUUAAAGAGGUUGGCACGAAAGGGGAAUGCUCUUUGGAAUGUUUGCAGCUUCUUAACAACUUCAAAAUGCUGAACAACGCUGAGAUUUCGCUUGAUAUUUUGUGUGUUGCGAGAUUUUGUCUGAAAGAGGACUUGAAAUUGUCAUUAAUUGCAAUUAGAUCAACUCUAGCGAGUUGCCGACAGAUUGACAAGCAAAUAGAGUCUGUGAUGCACGAUAUAGCACCAAGAAUUGUUGAAUCUACUUCUCACUCUGAUGAAAUUGCGAAAAUUUUGUCAGAAAUUAUCGAAAGAUGGCCAAAUCUCAUCAAAUAG